CAAAUUUCUGCCGUCUAGAAAGACGACGGUCCAGUAUGGAGGUGGGGGACAAGGCCCCGCUCUGAAAGGCACGUGCUGUUCUCUAAAGGGAUGAUUGUUUUACACACCCCGUGUCUUAGCUGUCUGUAACUUCAUGGAACUGAGCAGCUGAGCCAGCAUCGUCCCGAGCCCGCGAGGCACACAAAACAAUCUGCGCAUGCGGGGCUAGAGGGCCAAAUUAGCGCAUGCCUGCCGGUACUGAGUGGCCUUGCUCGAAGCCAUUUUUGAUGAGGGCACCAGCCUGCUACCCGAACAUUCUAGGGAUGGAUUAAGGUUGGUCCACGAGCAUCCAUAGAGUGUUUAUUGAGUGUCACUCCCUUUGCUGAACGCUAUAGACAUAAAGAAAGGCCAGCGCACGUCUGAUUCCCCAGCGGAUCUUAGAGGGAUCCGACGAGGAGCAGCCCAGCAGACUGGCGGGUCGGGAAAGUUAACGGCCUACCGGUCUGGGUACCCCUCCCCCCCGACAGGAAGUGACACGGGAGGCUCCCGGCUGGCUGUUCGGUGGCGGGAAACGGGAGCCUCUCCCUCCUGGGGGGUGAGCGGAGACUUAAGAGCCGGUUCCCUGAGUCUGCGGUGGCUACUCUUCGUCCCGUUGUGCAGUGCCCCUCCAGCCGUCCGUCUCGUCCUGUGUGCGUGCCCCAGCUACCCCGAGCUCCUACAGCUCCACGUACGGGGACCCGUGCGUGACCCGCUUUAUCUCUGGGCCCGGCAGCCGCGCUUCCCUCUCUCGCACAGGCUUCUUUGGGAGUCUUCAGACUGACCUAGCUCCACGUCCUUCCCUCAACCAGGUCUGUGAAGCGACCAUGCAGGCCUUCCUCAAAGGCCCGGCCUCCAUCAGCACCAAGCCCCCGCCUACGAAGGACCGAGGCCCCUCGGCCCCCCAGGGCAGCAGUGCCGAGAGCCGUCGCGCCAAGCCCGUGCCGUGGGUGGAGAAAUACCGUCCCAAAUGUGUGGAUGAAGUUGCUUUUCAGGAAGAAGUAGUUGCAGUGUUGAAAAAAUCCUUAGAAGGAGCUGAUCUCCCCAACCUUCUAUUCUAUGGCCCACCUGGAACUGGAAAAACCUCCACCAUUCUGGCAGCUGCAAGAGAACUAUAUGGACCAGAACUUUUCCGACAAAGAGUUCUUGAAUUAAAUGCAUCAGAUGAACGUGGAAUACAAGUUAUUCGGGAGAAAGUCAAGACAUUUGCUCAACUAACUGUGUCAGGAAGUCGUUCAGAUGGGAAGCCAUGUCCUCCCUUUAAGAUUGUAAUACUGGAUGAAGCUGACUCCAUGACCUCCGCAGCCCAAGCAGCUUUAAGACGUACGAUGGAGAAGGAGUCCAAAACAACUCGAUUCUGCCUCAUCUGCAAUUAUGUUAGUCGGAUAAUUGAGCCCUUAACCUCCCGAUGUUCCAAAUUCCGCUUCAAGCCUUUGUCAGAUAAAAUUCAACACCAGAGAUUACUAGACAUUUCUGAGAAGGAAAAUGUGAAAAUCAAUAAUGAGGGAAUAGCUUACCUUGUGAAAGUGUCAGAAGGAGACUUACGAAAAGCCAUCACAUUUCUUCAAAGCGCCACUCGAUUGACAGGUGGGCAAGAAGUCACAGAGAAGGUGAUCACAGAGAUUGCUGGGGUGGUUCCCACAGGAACAAUUACUGGCAUAUUCUACGCCUGUCAGAGUGGUUCUUUUGAAAAACUGGAAGCCCUUGUAAAGGAUUUAAUUGAUGAGGGCCAUGCAGCAACUCAACUUAUAAACCAACUUCAUGAUGUGGUGGUAGAAAAAGAUGACCUCACUGACAAACAGAAGUCCAUUAUCACAGAGAAACUUGCGGAAGUAGAUAAGUGCCUGGCUGAUGGUGCUGAUGAACAUUUACAGUUAAUCAGUCUCUGUGCUACAGUGAUGCAGCAAUUAACUCAAAAUGUCAAUUAAAAAAACCUUUGUACAUUUUUAUGAUAAUAAAAUUAGGAUGAAUGAA